GCUUGUGCUUGAAUGUAAUUGGUGAACACCCGCUGACGUCAAACUUGUAAAAAUUGUCCUGGAUACUUGGGCUAGUUAGACCUCUACAUACUUCGUCACAAAAAAAACCUCAAGGAAAUAUUAACGGAAUGGCAUAAACAAUAUUAAACUUUAUAAAUGACAUCGCUCAUUUUGGGAUAAUCGCCCGAAUUCAUUUUCAGGAGCACCAACGACUUUCAAAGUCCGGAUCCCCUCGCAGCUCAAAAAUGAACUGCAAACUGUUUUGCUCACGGCACACGGCCUGUCCUGUUGUCCUGUUCCUAUCUAUUCUUGUCAUCGCCAGUGGCAGCCGUGAGUUGUCUCAAAACCUUACAGUGAAACAGAAUAAAUGUCUGGAGGACCAGCAGUACCCUGCAGCAGGCUUGUGCUGUCUCAAUUGUGCAGCAGGGACCUUUGUAAGGAAACCCUGCACUCAGGAUCUCCAGCAGGGAACCUGCUCCCCCUGUGAACCUGGGCGCUCCUACACUGAACACCCAAAUGGCAUGGACCGCUGCUUGCAGUGCACUCAGUGCCGCAUGGAUCAAACCGUGACUGAGCCAUGCUCCAGUAGGAGGGACACACAGUGUCAGUGCAAGACCGGCUUCUUCUGUGUGCCAGACCAAGCCUGUGAGGUGUGCAAAAAAUGCACUAGGUGUAAGGUAGAAGAGGAGGAGGUGAAGAAAUGCACACCAACAUCCAACACCAUUUGUGAGAAGCUCAACCCUCCCUUAGACUCCGCAACUGACUCUCCUGCAACCACUCAUUUUUCCAGCCACAUUGCUAUGAUUGCAGGGGGAGUCAUACUACUAAUUUUCUGUCUGAGUGGAUGUGCUGUUGGUGGUUUUUGUUGGUGCAAGAGCCAAUCCGAUUUGGCUUCAGUAUGUGAAUGUCCAACUGAGGAUGUGAAGAUUCCAAUUGAGGUUUCCCCCCAAUCAGCAGAGGAAAAGCAGAACACCAAAAAUGCUGGACUGGAAGAGGGUGAGGAGCCUCGUCCUGAGUCAAGCCCCCUGCUCCAGGAGACACAGGGCAUUGUCACUAAAGGUUCUGCCCUUGAGGACGAGGACAGGGGGUUGGGCGAUAGUCUGCCCAACACCACAAGCUCCUCUCAGACAAGUCUAACUGCAGUGCCUGCAGCUAUACUUAGUGGAGGGGAGACACCAGACCACAGCCCCCCCAUGAUGAGGCCCAAUUGUUCUACAGAUUGUGAGCCAGAGCACUGGUCCAAGGAUGAAGUUUUGAACAGACGCCUGGUGCCUCUCCUUGGAGAGGAGACAUCCCUCAGCAAGAGUUUUGACCUGUUUGACACCUUUCUGGAUGUACGGUUCCACAACAAGUUCUUCCGCAGUAUUGGAGUGAGUGACAAUGCUAUUAAGAUUGCUGAGAGUAGUCCAGCUGCGGACAAGGUGUAUGAACUACUUUGUGUGUGGAUGCAGAGAGAAGGGCUCCGUGCCAACAUCAAUGAUCUGAUCCAGGCACUGCUGCAGCUGGACCAACGCUACUCGGCUGAAAACAUUGCCACUAAGGCUGUAGAGAGAGGAUUUUACCGGUUGGCAUGACCUAUGCCUGGUUCAACUCAGGAAGGGAGUAUGAAGAAAAGUCAAAUUAGGACUGAAAGGAGAACCUAGAGGUCUAGAUUCCUGAUAAUUGGGGUGUUUGUGAACCAAAACCAAGCCCUUUGGUUUGUCUCUACUCACCAGUUGUGGACUAGCUGGUUGGAAUGAUCCAGACAUUUUUGAGAGUGGAGCUCUCUGCCCUGUAUGUAGCAUAUGAUUAGCUUUAUAAAGCCAACACUGAACUCUG